AUGCCUAGUGUGCUAUCCAAAAUUCCUAUGCCUUAAUCAUUUCAAAAUAAGGCACUUUCAGGAGCUUUAUUAGUUUUAAUAUUAAUGAUUGUAAAAUCGAAAAAAGAGGCUUCAUCUCCUAGAAAGAUACCUAGAAGAUAAGGCUAAGGGAAUGUUGAUAAAGUAUUUAUAAACAGAAUCUUGGAUCUAUUGAAAAUUGUUAUUCCUUCAAUUAAAAGCAUGGAAGUAUUUGAUUUGAGUGUUCUAACAGUGUUUUUAUUCAUUCGUACUAUGAUGAGUAUUUAUAUCUCAUCUUUGAAUGGUAGAAUAGUCAAAACAAUUAUUAAUGGUGAUUUGUAAAAGUUUAUAAAAAAAGUAUGAAUCAAUAGUUAUAUAUAGAUUGUAUAAUUAGGUUUAGUAGCUGUUCCUGCAAGUUUUGUUAAUAGUUAUUUAGAAUAUCUAAAUAAAUCACUUUCUUUAAGAUUUAGAAGGAGAUUAACUGAAUACUUCCAUGAUUAAUACAUAAAGAAUAUGAUCUUUUAUCAAGUUUCCAAUUUAGAUAGUCGAGUUACUAAUCCAGAUUAGAGAUUAACAACAGAUAUAGAAAAAUGGGCUAAUUCAUUAUCUCAAAUUUACUCCAAUUUUUCUAAACCUAUUUUAGAUAUAUUUUUAUUCUCAAAAAAAUUAGCAGUUUCAAUUGGUUAUUAAGGACCUAUGUAUGUGUUCCUAUGGUAUUUCUUUUCUGGAGUUUUAUUAAAACUAGUAUCUCCAGCAUUUGGUAAAUUAACUGCAAUUGAUUAAAAAUUGGAAGGUGAAUAUAGAAGUGUUCAUAGUCAAUUGUUAUAUCAUGCAGAAGAAGUUGCAUUUUUAUAAGGAUAAAAUUGGGAAAAACUUAAGAUUAAUUAAUCAUAUUAAUAACUUAAUAAGCAUUAAAUAGUUGUAAAUAAACUUAGAUUAUUUAUGGGAAUUUUUGAUGGACUUCUUGUUAAAUAUGGGGCAGUUAUGGCAGGAUAUGGAAUUAUGGGAUUACCAGUAUUUGGACCCAAUAGAGAAGAAUAUUUAAAAAAAAUUGGAAAUGAUAAAAGUGCUAUUACUAGAGAUNCCGUAGAACAUCCGUUAAGCAUUUUUAUUAACUAUACGAUACUUGAUUGA